AAUAUAUAUUCUGAGAGAGAGAAAAAGAGAGAAUUGUUUUUAUUCUCAAUUAAAAUGCCGCAGUGCGCAUGCUCGUGUCAUUGGAUUUUAUUGAUACGACAGAUUUCCUAACCCUUAAGAAGUGUCAACUUUCGUAAUUAUCUUCUCAUUGCAGAGAAAUAAUUUUUUCUUUUUAAAUAUUUGUUUUUAGGCGCAAUGAAAUCACAUAAGUCAGAAAUUAUAAUUUAAAAGAAUGCCGACAUGUAGUGUAAAGGGUUGUAAAAGCAAGCAUGGACCAGGAAAUAUACAUUUUUUCAGGUUUCCUCUAAACGAUAAAAGUCAUCUGGACAAAUGGAUUGCAGCUGUUAAAAGACCAGAUUGGAAACCGAAUAAAGACAGCAGAAUUUGUAGCUUGCAUUUUAAAGACAAUGACAUUAUUCAAGGCAUGGGAUAUCAACGUCGUUACUUACGUAAAAAUGCAAUACCAAAAAAUUGCUCUUUAAUCAUUGCAGGAAAAGAACAGAAUGAUAUCACAUUGUUAAUGUCAAAAAAAACGUACGGUACUACAAACAUGAGUAGAUCUAUAAGCUCUAGUGAAAUUCGUAUCUCGAAUGACAGAAUUAAAUGGGAUCACACCUAUGCAAAGAUUAUUGCUAACGUGUUAAUAAAUGAUGGACCAAAUAUAUUUGAUAUUCGAAGUCUAAAUGAAUCAGUUCAAAGUGCAAUUCCUCACCUAAAUAAAACACACAAAUGUACUCAAACUGAUUCAGAAAAUAUCAUUGUGCCUGUUUCAUACAGUUCAACUAAUUUCAACUUUGAAAAAAAAUUAGAUUUUGUUAAUGCUUUAAAAACAAUAAAGAAAUUAUCAGAAAAUAUAAAAAAUAUAAAAAGAAAGAAUAAAACAUUACAACAGAAAUUGAGAAGACAAAACAAAAGAAUUAUUUCAAUGAAAGAAAUACUUCAACGAUUACAAUACAAAUAAUUG